GAUCUGAGGAUGAAUCUUAUGAUGAUGAAUUUGACGCACGUUAUGAUGCGAGAAUAGGUGAAAUUUACGAUGGUUUCGAAUAUGAAGACUAUAGCGAUAGUGAUGAAUCUGAUGAUUACGAUGAUUAA